UUGUUGAGGGUCUUGGACUUUCUUUGUGGUGCAUCCAUCGAGCUGCCUUGAUCGAUUUGCAUUACAAAUACCCUGCUUCUCACCCCUUCUCAUCAUCAAUCCACAGUCCACAUUGAUCCCCUCCCUCCCAGUGCCACGCUCUCGUUCUAGCAUUCGAUUGCAUCGGACUCGCAUUUUUCUGCGGCCAAUUCUCAGCAGCUUGCAUUCGAAUUCGAGAUGGCACACAUCAUUUCCCACACCGAGAUCCUCAACGUCGACGCUGCCGAUGCCUGGAUGUGCUGCAAACACUCCGACAAGGUGUUGCCAGACCUUCUGCCCGAAUUCUUCGCAAAGACUGAGAUCUUGGAGGGCGAUGGUGGCCCCGGCACUCUCCGCGUCCUGCACUUUGGCCCUGCCAUCCCACAAGCAGGAGCUGCAAAGGAACGUCUCGACACCGUCGACGACGCCACCAUGACAUUGUCCUACACAGUCGUCGAGGGUGAUCCCAGGUACGUUAACGUCACCGGAGUGGUGAGCUUCGCAUCCACGGGCGAAAAGCAGACGAAGGCGACCUGGACUUCCAAGUACGACGUCGUGGGCGAGGCCGGACCCCCCGAGCACGUCAAGAACAUCACCGCCCUGAUGUUCAAGACGUUCGAGAAGGCCGUCCAAUCGAAGAAAACGGCGACCCACACCGAGACGCUGGACGCGUCGCCCGACGCCAUCUGGAGCGCCGUGAAGCAGGAGAAUGCCAUACUCCCCAAGGCUCUGCCCCAUCUCUUCGAGUCCUGCACAUUCGCCAAGGGCAAUGGCGAAGUGGGCAGCAUCCGCAUCAGCAAGAUGGGCCCAGCUAUCCCUGAUGCCGGAGAGCUCGUGGAGCAGGUGGAUGUGUUCGACGACGCAGAGAAGAAGGUGGGCUACACGGUGCUCAAGGGCGACCCUCGCUUCAAGUACGUCACGGCCGUGGUGCAAUAUGCGCCAGGGCCGACAGCAGGCACCACCACCGCCACAUGGAAUGCGACGUUCGUGCCCGUAGAGGAGAACGGCGUUCUGGACAGCAAGUUCGUGGUGGCGGUGUGGAAGGCGUUGGAAUCCGCCGCCAAAGCUUGAACGGCGCUGCAAAGGCUCGGAGGGGCUGGGGGCGCUGUGCAAAGCUCACUCACUCACUCACACACACACACACACAGUCGCAGAGUGCGUGGCCUGGGAGGCGAGGGAGCAGUAGGAACUUGGGUUUUGUGUUCGGGGGAGCCGCGGGUGCACCAGGGCUCUGCGGAGGAGUCACAGUGACACAGAGAGAGAGGACCACCAUUGAUUCAAUCAAUCAAUCAAACAACCAGAGCACCACGCCUCCUCCUCCUCCUCUGCUCUGCUCUGCUCUGCUCAGCUCUGCUCCAUUCUAGAUUCUGAGAUUGCUACUUAGCUAGCUAACUAGCUUGCUUGCUUGCCAGCUCCACGAAAUAGACAAAAUAGAUAAACUGUGGCUCGUGUGUAGCAGCUGCGCCCGGGUUACCUGCCUGGGUUCCGCCCUUCCUUUUUGUAUUUGUGUCGUCAUCCAAGCUCCGCCAGUGCCCCACAAACCCACCCCUCCCCCUCCGAAGUUCUAUGUUAUUAUUUGUUCUAUAGAGGUGGCCCCCGCCACUCCCUUUUUUUUCUACUCA